AUGGAUUUUGUUGCAUACAGUGAAAUGGAAACAAUUUGCUUGAUUCUAAUGACAUCAUUUGGUAAGUCACAAAAUGAACUGUUUGAAGCGUGCACUAGAAAAUACGAAAAAAAGAUAAAAAUUCACUUCGUCAUUAAAAUAACGUCAAAGGAAAAACAUUGCUUUUCAGUUUUAUAACAGAAGGGCUUAAGGCCCAAAUUAAGCAAUUCUGAUAUUGAGUCUCAGCUAAGAAAAUACUCUUAUUUUUUCAUUCUCAUUUUUAUUUAUUUGUUUAUUUAUUUAUUUUUCUGGGCAAGUGCUAGUGAACCCCGAAGAUGGAGUGUUCUUCAUUACACGGCCCAAACACAAGGAAAUCUUCGUUGGUGAAGACGUACAAUUUGAUUGGGAAUACGCGCGAACCGACGUUCAGGAAGUUAGCUUCGGAGUUAUUCUACCUGAUAUUGGGGAGAUGACUAUUUAUAGUAAGAAAAAAGGUGGAGGAACAGUAUUUAAUAACGCUUAUCAAGCCAUCGACUGGAUCAGGGACAGGACUGAAAUUGUCUCUAACAGACGAGCAAGUUUUAAAAUUAACAGAGUUCAGAUGAAAGAUACAGGGACCUACUAUUGUACUUUGGUUGUGGAAUUGGUUCACCAUAUCAGCAGAGUUCGCUUAACAGUAGUAGGUAAGUACGAAAACAAAGAGUUUAACCGGUGCAACCUUGCUGGUAGUACGGCGCUGAAACAAAAGUUGAAAUGGCUUUGCUCGAAAAUUAGGAUCAAAAACCAUAGACAAGCUUUAUAUCAAAAUUUGAAUGAUAUAUUUAGUUGGAUAGUUAUCGAUCUUGGGGAUAUAAUUGAUGUACAGGGAACCAUUAAAUAGUUUCUUUUCGCGUCAGUCUUACUUUUUUUGCUAUAUUCCGCAGUUUUGGGCUAAGUUGUCCCAGUCUUACAUAAAAAUGAGUUGAACUGCAUUGUACUUUUACUAAUUUAAUUUUCAAUCACUCUUCAGUUUUAAUGCAAGGAGCAGAAACUCGUCAAUUAAAAAUGUCUAGUUCCUUAAUAAAAUGUGAGUCAAUACUGUAAAAUAAUCAUUUGUUGAAAAUACGAAUCAGUACCAGUGUAAAAACAUGCAGCUUUAAAUUCAGAUAUAUUAUUGUGAAAGCCUAAGGUAGUAAAUUUUAAUUUUUUUUAUGGUCAUAAAUUCUUAAAGUGAGGCAAAAUGAAGGGAGGAUAAAAUGCAAAUUAAAUUUUGGUAAAAACUCUAUUAUUAAUUAGGAUGCAAAAAAUGCCCAUGAGUCAGUUAGUCCGUUUUGAAAUAAAAUUAGCGGAAAUAAAAAGCAAAAACAAAUUAAAACCACAUAGAAAAAACUAAAUAUCUAUUAGCGGAAGGAAAUUUGGAACUCAUUAGUCAGCGUAGGGUAAAUAUAGAUAAAACGUCAAAACGAGACAGGAUUAAAUACAUUUCACAGAAUGAAAUAAUUAUUACUAUGCUGAUCGCUAAUCGAGUCAGUAGCCAUGAGAAAGUUCUGUGACCAGUCUUACAAUAUUUUCUACAGACUUACAUUUUCUGAACAAACGUAUUUUUUGAGCACUUUGCUUUAAUUUAAUUUUGAUCGAGGAAAAGAGAGACUCUGAUCCUUUAUGAUGUGUCAUGAGGCUCCUGGAUGUGUGUAUUAUUUUAAGCCAGGAUUUUAAGCCAUGGUACAAAAGACUUCCAGGAGGCAAUGACUAUGGUCGCAGAUUGAGCUGAACUUGUCUCCAGGCUUUUCAAAAUCAACCAUACGUACAUACCCCCGCACAAAUGGAACUAUCAAUCAAUAUCACCCUGACGGGGAGUUUGUCUGUACUUCUUCAUCUUUAGAUCUUUUGAUUGACAAGCAGCUCUCGACACAAACGAAGGAGACCUGGGAAGGACACAAGAUUACAAUUCUUUGUGCAGUAAGGCUACCACCAGGACAAACAGGGGUUAAGUUUUCUUGGAUGCAUAUUCCUUCAAACAGAACUGUCUCCAAACAAUUUCAUGAAGAACUGAGAGGCAAAAGUUACUUGACUAUGACAACAAUUAAAGAUGAAGACUUCGAGUCACUGCAGUGUAGAGCAGAGACGGCGUCUACCGUGAAAUUUCACGUCAUUGACAUUAUUAAGCUGAGUGAGUACAUAGAUUGGUUUUAUUGAAAAACUCGAGGAGCUUCAAGGUCAGGUCUUUCUUUUGGCAGAUAAAACAAAAGCAUUGCAGUUCCUCUUUCCAUUGGAUUAAACAAACGAUGGAGCCUUUGCCACCAUGAUAAAUUAACUCUAUAUCACGUGGUCGCGCGUCGACCAAUCAGACAUUUCUCAACGGUGACGAGGCAGACAGUCUAUACACUGAAUCUUACGCAUGUGCCCUGCUAUGACCCUAUCGGAUUACCAAUGUAGCAACAGUGUGCAUUUGAUAGGCUCCUGUGUGCAUCCGACACUUUUCGAAUCGCCUGUUCUAUUUGAGUUACUGAUAGACAGUGAAUACCUAAAAAACCCAGAAUGGAGGACUUGCAAUAGAAUAUACCAGCAGAAUUUUACUAAUACAGGUUAUAACUGUAAUUCCAUAAAGAAGAAAUAUUAAGCGCGCAGUGGAUGAUGGGAAGUGAGAAAAGGCCUCUCUUCCUCUUUUCCCCCUUCCCAUCGUGCCUCGUGCGCUUUCAUUUUCCCCCUUCUGCCCAGCCUUCCUACGACGCAAAAACAUGACUAUACCACAUACAGUAUCGCAAAAACUAUUCAUAACUAAUCAUCGAUUCAUUUAUAUAUUCUUAAGAUAAGUUAAAGUAAGUGAAGUAAAGUCAAAUUAAAUAAAGUAGAUCCUUGCGUAUUUUAAAAGAGGGACCUCUGCGGUGGAGACAGCUCUAUCACGAAGCCCUUUUUAAUGUUUGUCCUUGCAGAUGUCCCCUCUGAACCUAGAAAUCUCAAGGCAGAAAGAUCAUUGGACAAUAAAACUCAACGAACAUACAUUCGGCUCAGUUGGGAUCCCCCUGAAGAUGACGGCGGGGCUGUGUUAAACUAUAUCAUAUCGUACAAACAAUGCGGCCUGCUGGGGAAGUCCCCAAAGACUCUGGAGACGGAAACCAGUGAAUUUACGGAAUUGUUUCUCCCAGGAGGGAGUAGCUAUCGAGUCACUGUGAAAGCAAAAAACAAAGCGGGUAUUGGUCCAUCAUCAAAUAAGUUAGUUGUCAAUCUUGGUAGGUAUUAGUUGACUCUUUUUUCUUAUCUGUUCCUUAGUCAAUGUCCAAAGUACGCGUGGGCGCCAUCGCCCUUUACUCGAAAUGAUCAUUCACCCCACAAUCGUGGACAAAUUGAAAAGAAGACCAACGGAUUUUUAACAUCAUUUUCUUUACCUUGUCGUGGCGUUGGCCUUCUUGGGUGCUCCCCCUUAAAAUUUUAUCCUUUAACACGGACAUUGCAGCAGGCAACUUUAAGUCUGCAUAAUUCGAAUACAACUUUUUUAUUUAAUAGAGAGCUCAUUCGAAGCAUUAUCAAACAAAAAUGACUUGGGUUCAAACUAAAGAAGUGCCCAUAAGAGAGAUUUCCAUCCAUUCUAUUCUGUUCCUUUUGGAGGCUAAGCUACUUUUCAUGGCUUAAACAGCUAGUUUUAGGCAAUGAAAAAAUAUCAUCAUCAUAGUUUUUCCGCCACGUGAUUUAUGUACUAACUCUUUGAUUUCAUUUAUCCUUUAGAGGACGUUCCUGAUGUGUCCAACCUUCACGGAAACAGCCAGUCUCGUAAUCACAUAAUCACGAUGCCAUUACUUCUCUUGCUUAUCUUUUCAACGUGGUUCAGUUCUGUAUAAAAAGGACCCUGAAUAACGCCAAAAAAGUGAUUUCCUUCCUUUAAUAACUCGGUUACGCUUCAUACAAAUGUGAUGACACAUUUUAAUAACCUUGGGGGAUACACGAUACUGUCGUUUGUUACUUUCCUCAGUCAAUGACAUAGCUAUAUGGGUGACUCGGAAAAAACCCGCAUUUUCCCAACGGAAGCCGGCGAACCUAAUUCAUUUGCCUUCCUUUUCGAUAGCCUUCCAAGCAGGCUAUAAGGAACCCAUAAAGUGGCAGAGGUAGAGUUGCGCUAGUUACGACCCAGUAAAAGUGAAAACAAGCUGUGGAUAGGAAAAACAUUUUGUUGAGCUUUUUCCUCAAACGAUACAGCGGAGAACAAGCGCAUGCUUAGGCUGCCUGUUCUCUCAGCGACUACCGACGCGUUAGUUUCAGAAGUUAAAUACAAUAAUUCACUAAUUUUGCUGUAUCAAUAGUUACUGAGUGUUUGACCAGGACACUCAUUCACCAAAGAUAUUUUUCAGAGAGGUCCUGGGUAGGCUCGAUUACCAGCCGCUGUUCGGGAAAUGAGCCCGCACUCCUUCCCCCGAAUAGAGCUGCGGAAAUCGAGCCUAGAUCCUGGAGUGUUCUCUUCAAAUCCUUCGAUUACAAGGGAUUCAUAAAUCAGUUUCACUUUUUUUUUUUCUGGAAAAGAGGGAUAUAAAUGAAAGGUUAGCCGGCUAACCUGCUCGUCCCGUAGAUGACACACAUACUUUCUAAGAGCAUUAAAAGUAUGUCUUAUUAAUAUUCCAAGUUUACCUUUCGAACAAUGAUUUCUUCACCGAAAGCUGACUCAAUGUAGCAUAGUAUGUCUUGAAUGCAAACCACAACAGCUUUUUUUGGCCCGUUAAUUAUAUCGGGACUUCCAAGAAACUGACCCCUAUGCAGGGGCACACAACGAGAAUAUAGUUCAAAACCACUUAAACAUAGCAUUGUUGUGCUCAAACGUGUUUUAGUAUUUAAACGGUAGAUACAGGCAUAUUUUUAUCCCCUAAAAACUUUUCAUCUGUUCGGAUUUCCUAGCUGAAAGUCUAGUGAUCCGAAAAUUAUAGGGAUCAAAACUUACCUUUUCGAAAAUUUCAGCCAGGAAAAGGCUCUCCCGAAAAUUCUAGGUGGUCUUUUUUAGGGUAAAUAUCUGUUUAAAAUGGGUAAUUAUACCAUUUUGUAGAUGUUCGAAAAUCCUCGGAGAGGCAGGCAAGCAAGAAAUUUUACAACAAAUGUUCCGAAAAUUCUAGUUCUCAAAUCGUCUUCCGAACAGAUAUUUUCCCGAAAAUUGCCGUUGGGUGCCCCUGCCUAUGGGCCUUUAAAAGGAGCGGGGUUAACUUUAAUUGUUUUUAUUAUUAUUUAAAACUUUGGAAUGCUGUCCACAUCAUGAGUAGUAAAGGGCGCAUAACGUAACCUACACCACUUGAGAAUCUAUACGUAUACUUAGAAGUAAAAAAAAGGUCGGUGCGAAACUUAAUACAAUCCUAAUAUACAUAAUGAUAUGAAUCACUCUACUUAAAAAGCCAAUUUAAAAUAUUAUUAUUAUUAUUAUUAUUAUUAUUAUUAUUUAACCCCUUCAUUCAAAGGGACAACUAUGGGGAGUCAAAUGUUGUUGUAACUUAUUUAGUGUUUAGUUUUCACUCUGCGUCUGUAUAAAAUUAAAUGAAAUCCUAUGUUGAGACCAUUUUAAUGAAACCUCUCUAGCAGUACUUUUACAUCACACUAUUUGUAAUUUUUUUUCCUGUAUUUUACUAAAUGAGAUACAAAAUCUUUCUUCAAUUUCACAUGGUUUCUGUUAGAAUGAAAGGAUCAAUCACGGUUUUGCUCUGAUAGGUUAGUUCGCGGCGAACAUCUAUCUUUCGAUAUCUUAAAUUGACAGGAGUACCCUCUCCAGAAGGAUAAUCUUCAGCUUACACUAACAAUUCGCCUCAGGGAUCUUUAACAAGUUCUCGGAUGAUUUCAAGUCCUCACAGUCGUCUGGUGACAAAAAUUCCUGUUGAAUGAAAGCGAAUAAAAAGUUCUAUUAAGUGGCACUGGGAGUGAAGCAUUCGGUGAAUAAUGCGCAAUAUACUCUUUUCGCAUGUCGUGUGGGAGUCUAGCCAAACAAGGAUUGUUAGCAGUGUUAGGUCCUCUUAUAUAUUAGGCUGAUUUAGCAACAGGAUGGGAACGUCAGUUGACGACGGGAAAGCGCACGGAAAGGACUAAACACGACCUCCGGUGCCCAAUUUGUCGCUCUGCCAUUGGUCAAGCUUGGUCAAGCUACUUGUUUAAUUUGCGCGCCCGUCAUCAACUGAUGUUCCCGUUCUGUUUCUAAAUCAGCCUAUUAGUUAAAGUAGGAAGCAUACGGUUUCGAACCUUAGCAGGAGCUGCUUUCUAUCAACAAGGAAGGAUUUCUUAUAUUACUUGAAAGAUUUGAUAUAAUUACAAAAAUAUUUGCGAAAGAAAUUAUUCGCUAAAGGAUGGGGACUACCCGGCCGCCCGCUCAAUUCAAACCCCGGACAAGAGAAUAAAGGGCCGGGGAUACUUAGCCCCUUUAUCCUCUCUUGCCCCAGAUCACCAACCUUGUUAAAGUUUUCUCUGGAGAACUCGUAAAAAUUGACUUCUUGACUGAUGUUUCUGUGGCUCUUCACUUUUUUAAGAAGUUCACAAACCAUCCCACUGCCUGUUUUUAAAUAAUAGUUAAAGUGUGUGCAGUGCUUUCGUCGUAAGCACUUGUCGGCACAAUGUAGAACAGAGAAGACUGGCACUGCUCGUAUAACAGAACCGAGAGCCAUAAUCCCAUUAUGGCUCUUGACAGAACCGAUUCCUUGGAGAUCGUCUACUCGGCGAUACAAUGGUACUUUGGAAGGAUCGUGACAGUCUUUAAAAGAGGUUGAAUAAAUCAUGAAUUAGUGGUUCGUUUUAGACUUUCCUUGAACUCGCACAAGUAAUCCUGCUCGCAAUUUGCGAGCAGGAUUACUUGUGAGAGUUCAAGGAAAAUUUUUGGCGGCGGCGCGCGACAGAAUUGGGCCCAUUCCUCUGACGCGCUAGAGGCUCCGCCGCUAAAAACUUUUUCGAACUCGCACAAUGAGCCUGCUCGUAGGCUACUGCUGUAAAGACUCUGACACUUUAUUAAACUUUUUAAGUUCUUACCUAAUCAAUAAUUUAUAGAAAGACUAGCCAUAUGGGUUACGGGAAUGAAUCGCAAAGCCAAAUGAUCUUUCAGAAACCAUUUCUUUAGAGAUAAAAACAACCCUACGAGCGAGGCGCUGCAUAGAAACAAUGUAGAAGGCAAUCCAAUGCACCGAGAGAUUUCGCCUACCUACCGUUAUUUUUAUCGAAACAUAACUAAUGAGGACGUUGGGGUUUUUUGUUUUUAUUUUGUUUAUUUUUUAUGUUAUUUAUAUUUCUUUUUAAGCCCUGCGGCGAUCGACUUUACGACUCCGGCUAUAAGUUCCACAACCAAAACCGCACGGCCAUAAGAAAUUUUAGAUUUAUCGAGCAAUAGCUAGCUGUUCCAAUAAAUAUAUGCAAGUGGGAUGUUUUUUGGACAGUAAAAAUAUUUAAGUUAACCGGUAUACAAGAAGGAGUCCUGAUCCAUUAGUUAAUGCACAAUUAUAUGAUAUACCAAGAGAGGAUAUCCUCUCUUGGAUAUACUUAAUACCUCAUGUUACGAAUUUAAAUAGACAGCUUACCAGAAUUACAUUUCCCCAGCUUCGUGAGUAAAGCCACGACGAAUAUAAUAUAUAAAAGCUGCAUUUUUGACAAAGUUGCUGCUUGCUCGGUUUCUGUAAAAUAUCCCGUUCUUCGUCUUGGCGUCGGCGAUAUAAAGUGGUAGACCCAGGACGUCUUUCUGGAAUUCACAUUAAUUUUUACCUUUCGAGGAUUUUGGGUUUAAAGAUUAAAAUAAGAAAACCGUACAAAUCCAGCCUGAUCAAAAUGUGCUUGAUUUUUCAUAGGUAUUCAAUUUCUCAGUUUGAAACCCUUCCGGCCACUCUUGACUCUUUUCCGGCCAAUAACAUAACAUUCAAUUAGUUAUUGCAAGAUUGUCGGAAAUAGAAUCGCAAAUUGAAAUUUGUCAUUAUAUCUUAGACUUUGAUACUCUUACCGCUGUGCUAGUAACUGUUUGUGAGGUUUUGCCACUUAAAGAUGGUUAUUAAGAUUAUCCAAUCGCAGUUUAAUUUAUGACCUAAGAGAGAUCAAAACAGUUUUCAAAACUAUUAUUAUGGAUCAUCGCAGUUCUAUUAAGCAGAUUGCGACAGAAUUAGCCGAAAAUAAAUGAAAAAUUUAAAAGAAGAAAUGUUAUCGUGGAACGAUGUUAGACUGACACAAAUGAAAAUAUCGCCAGUUGAAAUUUUCUCCAGAGGUACAGGAAAUGGUUGAUUUAAAAAACACUGUAUAGUAAGGAAAGCAUCAACUCAUCGUCAUCUACAAUCUUGUAUUUUAAACCACCCACGGCCACGGUAUGAGUUACAUUUACUUUAUUUCUUUAAGCAAUAAAAAAGUAAAUAAAUAAGCAUUACCAUUUUUUCCUAAUAACUCAACUUUUCACCUGCCGAUUGCCAUCUCGUCCCCAGGGUCUUCUCAUUUCGAGAAGGCCCUGGGGACGAGGCUUAUGCCGAUUCUUGAGCGUCUACAUCGAUGCCUCGUACGUGUUAAUCGUACGUGGUUCCAAACGGCAUAGGGCGUGUGCAGAAGGCUUUAUCCACCCUGCUUCUUCCCGUAUAGCGUAAGCCGCGAUAAGCUGACGACCUGGACAAAUCUACAAAAAUCUCUUAUUUUUAUUUUUUUUGCAAAGUUGCUGCACGCGAAACCCAAGCACGUUAGCUAGCCGCGAUAAACGAGGGCGCACGUCCCAAUCCCGUAUUCUAACGUAACGUCGUGGUCUGCAAUCGCGCUGGUUGAGAUAUUUUGAGAGAAAAAGCGGACUGUAAGCAGUCUAGGAAAAAUCCAGCUGUUUUAACAGACGAAACUUAACUUUAGAAAGAAAACAGCGAUGGCAAAAGGGACUUGAGCUUUCCGGAAUUUCUGACGGCUUGUUUGCUCGAAAUAUCGGGAAAACUCAAGUUGCUUUUUAUUUGCUUUUCAUUAGACUGCAAAACAGUCGGGUUUUUUUUCCUCAAAAUCGGUUUAGCAAAGCGUAAGAGUCUUACGUUCGCGCGUUCCUGAAAACAAAAAAAUAUGGACUGUUUUAAAGUCUAGCUUUUCAUCUACUAUAGCGUCAUCGAAUCUCAUCGACCCAAGCCACCAUUCUUUGUUUUCUUUUUCAUCCUUUAUUUACCCCCCCAAUCCCUUCAACCAUAUCAUGCCUUGCUUAUCUAACUACCCCUCCCUUCCCUCUCCUAUUCCUUCCCCUCCCCUCCCGGCUCUUCUCCAUUAGAUAAUACCGUCUCAUUCUUGUGUUUAUUAACCUGACACCUGUGUUAGUUUGAAUAACCACAGAAAGUGAGUUCUUAAAUUAUUAUUUGCUAAAUGAGAAUGAAGUUCUUUGUUUGAUAAUUCAAAGUUAGACGUUUUCUUCAAUAUGCAGACAGGUUCUGGAUAUCUUAUUGACACAAUUAAAAACUACAAAACAAAUAUUUCUAAUAAUAUUGACAGUCAGCGUUUGCCAGACAUGAUCAUCAUAGUCACGUUUAAGAUUUUUAUCCAGUGGUAAUUCGCCAAACAUUUGGAACAUCGAUGGUGUUUUCAAGCUCAAGAAACAACAUGCUAAACACUGAGCUCCGAUAAAUCGACUUAACGUAGAUUGCUUGGUUAUAAUACCACUUUUUCGUCAUGUAUUUAGGUAAGUUUUCUUUCUUACUUAGCAAGUGAAUCAUGAGUGUUUUCAAGAACCAUAAUGGCUCUUGGUGUUUUUUGCUCUAACUUUGAUCGUUGGUGUAACAAAAUUAAAAAAUUUAGCUCAGCACUGAUCAUUAAAACCACACCAGGGUCUUAGCCCACUGCAUUUUCUUUGUUCCGAAUAAAUUUUGACUACACUCCUUUUGUCUUACAAUUAAUGACAUGAAUGCAUCAAAGUCAGUAGUAUUCUUUCAUUGAAGUUAAAUCGUUAAUUUUCGUUAAAAAGGCUACCAUUAUUUUACAUCUGCAUUUCUUUUUAUUAUCUUUCACUUCUCCUUUUCUGCUUCCUUUGUAUGUGUAUGUCAAACUAAACUUGCAUCUGCAUCCUCCCUGAGCCUCCAUCUCCCACUGACUGGUUUUGACUCUCUGCGGACACAACAUAUUUACGCUUUGGACUAUACCUUGCAAAUCAAUUAAUUUAAUAGACUCCUGUCACUACUUAAUCACAAGUAAGAUCGCGGAUACGCCGAAACACUUUACAAGAUUUUCAGUUUAUGUAUAAUUUCCUUGCGUUCGUAUAUUCUUCGGGCGUCGGGUCGAUUCUGACGCAUCGUGAUCGACGUUCGGUCUUCUAAACAAAUUUGAAAGAUAUUUUCUGUUGCCAUUGUUGCGUUUACAUCGGAAACCUCGCAAAAAGACGAAUUUAACACCAAUCCUACAACUGCAAAACAUUUGUAACUUGAGAAAACAGUCGACUUUUCGCGAAGCCAGCUACUGGUUUCCCCGCGAGUUGACGUCUGAGGAACGAACGGAGAAAUUCGAUAUUGAUGACGUGUCUCUACCCAAAUCUGGAUAGUGCUUCUGAUUGGUUAAAACAAACUUCACUCACGGCACAACCAAUCAGGAGCUCUACGAGAUCUGACUAGUAUCACAUCAUCAGUAUAUGCAGAAUUUCUGCCCUCCUCAUUUUGCACAUCCUUGGAGACCCAGGGGCAGCUAGUCGGGUCGAUAAAAUGUUCGUGGUGAAAUUCAAAUGCCAUGAACAUUUUAUCGACCCGACUAGCUACCCCAAGGUCUCCGAGGAUGCAUUUUGCGAGGAAACUAUGAUGGCGUCUCGAAAUAUCGACUGCUUUCUCAGGCUAAGACUAUAUGUCUGUAGAAAAGAAUUGGCUGAUUAUUUUUAUACUGGCAUCAUUGUCAAUAUUAUUGCUAGUUUAUUUCGCUGUUUUUCUUCUACAGACUUAUCCGCGGUGACUCGAAACAACGGUUUUCAAAUUCUGUUAGCUGUGGUGUAUUUCAUAAUAUCUCACAGAUGCAUCUUUGGAUCUGGUACGUAACGCGAUUAAUUAAAUCAUAGUUAGUGAGGGACACUGGUCACGAAAGGCGACGAUAUCAAAGAUAAGAACAACGAUGCAGUUUAUGUUGGAAGCUCUCUGCACGUGCACAAUCCUUUGUUUUUGUUCACAACACGUGACUGAAUAAAUCAACGCGACGUUUUUAUUGGUCAAUAAGAUCAAAAUGAUAGGAAUGUUAUUGAAUGUUGUGCACCAUCAGAUCCACAAAAACAUACGGUAAAGGAGUCUGACGGGUUUCAUAACCACUCCACUCUAUUAACUAUGGUUGAAUGCAAUUUCUCUUUAGAAAAGUAGUUAUCUAGGGCACACCACAUUGACAAUUAAUUUUGGCAAUUAACAAAGACUCCACGAACGUCUAUUACAAAAGCAAGAGGACCAACCUCUUCAUCAAGCCCUGGUCUUCUUGUUUUUCAACAAGAAGACCCUGGGGACGCGGUCGUAAGGGGACAUCAAACGUUUUAAAGGUAGACUGCGGGUUAGAGGGGAGUCUAAAUUGUAAAACAAACCAGCUUGUUGACCAGUACUGCGUGUUUUUACAGUAUACUCAGAAUGCACUUAUGCUGAGGUAGCUGCUGCAAAACCAUGCACAGCAGGGAAGGAACAGUGUGGCAUGAUGUGGAGCCCGUGUUGUCUCAAGUUAGGUAGUAAUGGCGAUUCAUCCAAGUGCUUUAAGAAAGCAAGACCUACAGAUCAGUCAGGAGAUCGAGGUAACUGAAUACGAUACCGUAACUCAGGGCCCAGUUGUUCGAAGGCCGGUUAGCGCUUAACCACGGUUAAAUUUAACCCACGUUUCUUUUCCUUUUGUUCAAAAGCAUUUUCUCGGAUAAUUUUCUCUGUUAUUUUUAAGAGCAUCCAAUCAUCAACUUGUUGACAAAAAGAAUCGAACUGAAUUUAUUUUUUAAGCUUUCAUAUCUAAAUUCAAAUUUCGCUUAACCCUGGGUUUUCUUAACCCAGAAAUAUUUGCAAGCCAAGGCUUAUGUAUAACAAAAUGAUGAAUUACAUCGAGAAACACAAUUUAAUUUACUUUCCCUAGUACGACUUCCGCAAAAAACAUUCCACUCAACAUGCAUGCUAUAUUAGGCAUCGUUAAUGCAAUCCAGGCUAACAUGAAUCAAGGACGUUUGUAGCAUACUCUUCUGGUGUGUUCAGUGACCUCAAAAAAGCUUUCGACACCGUUGAACAUAAUAUUCUGCUGGAUAAACUCAACUUCUAGGCAACUUCUAUGGCUUUGGUGGAUUAAUCAAACAAUGAUUUUCCUCAUACCUCAAUAACAACCUCGUUCCCAGGGUUCUCUAUUACCCGGCCCUGCGGGUAGGAGAGACAACCUGGGACGAGAUUGAUCUCAAUAAUCGCACUCAAACUACUCAUAUUGCCGAUUUCAUAUCCAAAUAAAGCCACAAUCGGCUCCAGUUCUAUUUUCUAAAGUGGCAAAUUCAAAUCGCUCCAUUUCUCAUAAACGGACGCUUAGUCGUGAUCUCAGCCAAUUACAAAUACAGCAUUUUCAACUUCCCAUAAGCGGAAGAGAGUCCACUGACCAACGAUUUGUUUUUUUCUUUUUUAAGGUAGCUGCAUUAAAGCUACCAUCCUUGACAAGAAAGAGCCUGCUAAUCAAAUCCUGGAAGGUGACGUCAUAGUUGAGCUUAAGGCUCUUUCUGAGCUCCAGUGCUGGGACUAUUGUCUUCGACAUGCGCAGUGCAAGGCUUAUAAUUACCAGAAAACGGGUCAGGAUAAACCCUUGAAGACCUGCCAGCUAUUAAGCAGCGAGACAAGAUUAAAAUCUAAAGAGGACUUUACAUUUCACGACUUUGAGCAGAAUGAUGCAGAUAGAAAGGUACGUUAACGCCCUAAAAAGAGCUGAGUCCCAUGGGUGAUUUUUUGAGUCGCUAACGAACCAUCCUUGGAGACCCAGGGGCAGAUAGUGGGGGCGAGGGAAAGUCUAAACGGGCGGAAAAAUAUGGCACGAAGAAAACUAAAGAACGGCGAGAAGAGCCCCUGGGGACAAUGUCUUACCAGACCAGUUCCAAACGGUCAUCGUCAUUCUGGCACCAAUCAGCAGCCAGAACGGCUGUGACCUUUUGGAACUGCUCUGGUAAGACAUUGUCCCCAGGGGCUCUUCUCGCCGUUCUUUAGUUUUCUUCGUGCCAUAUUUUUCCGUCCGUUUAGACUUUUCCUCGCCCCCACUAUCUUCCCCUGGGUCUCCGAGGAUGCUAGCGAACGAAAGUAAUCAGCUACUUUACAUAAGCGACGAAGCACCAGAAGCGGAAUCAGAGACAAAAUCGAGAUAAAACUUCAACGCAAAGCUAUACCCGAUAAAGGGAUCUCCGGCCUUCAAUUUUUGUUACCAAGGUAAAUCGUGAAUCAAAAUUGGGUGCAUUAACAGUAACAUUCCUGGUUAUAAGAUCCCCCUGGAGAUAAGCUCUCACGCUCAUAUCUGAACCUUUUUUAAUGUCACCGGAUAUGAGACCUUCCCCCCAGCCCCCGCCCCCCAUCCCACACACACGGCUUGUUUCUCGACUAUUCUACGCAUGUAAAUAUCGCCAGUAAUAGUAAGUUUAACAUGAUCUGUCCUUGAAUUAAUCAUGAUUUGGUGUUAGAUUCUUCUAGGCAACAUGUGUCGCUGA